AGACGAUAAAGGCCGAACGUGAGGCUGAGCGAGAUCGGCGGGCCGAGAAGAAGGCACGUGAAGAAGCGGAAGUUGCUUUGGCGAGCUAUCAGCGCCAAAAAGGAACAUUUGGCAGCAAGAAGAAGGGGCUGAGACGCAGGCAAUCGUCGCAAGUUGACAUGCGUCGUACGCGCAUUCGAGAGCUAUCGGAUGAUGUGAAGCGUGCGUUGACGGAACGUGACGGAGAAAAAGAAAAUCCGUUUGUGAGGAUUACAAAUGAUCUAGAGAUUCAGUUUGGCUCCCUUCUGGGCGAGUUCAUGCAGCAAUUGCUUCGUAGGUCGCUGCUCCAGGUAUGCAAAGAGCAGUGUUUUGUUGUUUAUACCUUAAUUGACAUUUUGAUGCGUUUUGUUUGGCAGCAAAAUUCACAUCUGUCAAAUCUGUGCACGAGACUUGACUAUAACGGAUUUUACACCAAAUAGUACGACUCUUGCGGCCAAAGGUCGCCAGUAAAGAUUCUGUAUCGAAUCUUUGAUGCAGCCGCUAUUGAUAUGCAAGUUUAUGAUACGUUAGCUGGUGAUUGUAAUGUCAGGAUGCAGGCGUGUCCGAUCUUCGAUUCCACUACAAUUUGUCGUGUAUUUGCUGCUGCUUAUCGAAGCACCAGCGAAGCGACUAACUGUUCUUGUGCAGCCACAGACAUCUACAGCAGGAGAACCGUUUGUUGUGCAGCCUGUUAUCGCGUUAACUGACGACAGCGGCAAUAUUCUCAUUUUCGAAAAUGAUGGCACUGUCGUUGUUGAUAUUAGAAACAAUUUGUCUCGAUUCGCAGUUCUUUAUCCUCAGAAGAACGACUUUGCUAUCGUAAACGGCAUCGUGCGUUGUUUUGGGCUGUAUAUUAAUGAGGCAAAUAUUGGCUAUACACUCGUAUUUUCCUCAUACUAUCAUGGUGUGUGGGUCGAGUCAUCGUCAUUUGAAAUCGUUGUGGGUCCCAAAUAUCGGCUUGCGAUGCUUAAUGACAUCAGUAAGGCUAUUAGUGGCACCCCUUUCUUGCCACAGCCAGCCUUGGGAGUGGUUGACAGAGGCGGUAACAUUGUGACGGCAACGAAUGAGGGAUAUAUGCGUAUUGAGUUUGAUGCUAAUCCUGUUGGGGGGGUGCUGCAACCAGCGGCCAUUUUGAAUGUAUCGAUUAGCGGUGGUAUUGGACGCUUCUCUGGAAUAUACAUUGAACCCGCAGGCUCGCCGUACAGGCUGCGGUACACAACAGAUUUGAUCCUUUCUGGAGGUAAUACAGUGGUCACAAAUUUUUUUACGGUUGCGGCAAGUGAAUGCAAUAGGCUAGUACUAGAAUCUUCACUUGGAGAAGCACGGGGUGGAAAGGCAUUUUCUAUUCAGCCAGUUCUUAUGCUCCUUGACACAGGAGGUAAUCUUCUCGUGGCCGACAGUUCAAGCAAAGUUUCUGUGGCAAUUGCUGCAAAUCCUUCCCGAGGAACAAUUACACCAAUCGAUAGGCUCACCGUCUUUGUACGAAAAGGCAUGGCAGUUUUUCGCGGUCUAAAAAUUGACAAAGCAGGAAAUGGAUACUCAUUAAGAUUCACGCUGUAUACCAAGGUCCAAGGCAAAAAAUUGUGGAUAAACACGAAUGUUUCGGUGGUUUCAGAGGCAUUUGACGUGCUGACGGGUGACCCUGUGUCAUUGCUCUUGCAGCGCAAUUUGUCGAACGGUAUUGUAGAUGGUCAGCCCAACCACAUACAACCUGUCGUUGAGCUGCUCGAUGCCGGAGGCAAUUUGGUUUCCUCACUGAAUACAGGAAGCGUCUCGGUCGCUUUGGUCUCCAGUCCUUCAGUAAUAUCAAGCAUUGUGGUUGAUACGUCAGCAGCUCCCCUACUGACUGUUGUCAAUGUGCGUGCGCUAGUCAGCUCAGCGUACCCAAUGCCCUAUGGUGUCGGUGCGCGGGUCGCGGUUCAAGUGACUUUUUCGGACGAAGUUACAAUUCGAGGCACACCGACACUAGAAUUGGCCUCUUCAGUAAAUGGAAUUGCAUCAAACGGUCAAGCUGUUAUCGUCGCAACGACCGUUCCGUGGACCACCGCUCUCACCUUCGAGUAUGUAAUCGUGGCCACAGACAAUAGUCCAGACUUAGAAUACACUUCAACGACGGCGUUAUCUUUGAAUGGCGGGCUGAUUGUGGACCGAAACGGUAAGCCUCCCAUUCUUACGCUGCCGGCGCUAGGCAGCAUUAAUUCUCUUGGGGGAUCCAGUGCGGUGAUAAUAGAUACAACAGCCCCGAUGAUCACAUCCAUAUUUUGUUCAACACCAGGCGACGGCGAAUAUGGUACAGGACAACAAAUUGAACUGAAAGUAAAGUUUUCUCACCCCGUUUCAGUCCGCGGCGAUCCAUAUUUACCGGUCGCACUGAUGACUGUAGGUGGUACGGGAGGAAUCCGCCUCGCUGCAUUUUAUAGUGGUAGUAAUACCGACACUCUAGUUUUUGUAUACACUGUUCAAACUGGCGACGCAGCCGCCAUUCUGGACGUGACUGCGAGUAUUGACCUCAAUGGUGGAUUCAUUAAGCGUUUCUCCCAGCGCCCGACCACCGACGCUGUUGUGACGGUUGCGCCGGGCCCGUUCAAACUUUCCAAUUUCAACAGUAUUGUCAUUGAAACCGCAUUUCCGACGAUCGAUGCGACAGUGGGUGUGACUAGUGGUAACAGCAGCGGAAUAUACGCACCUGGAGAUGAGAUCAUUAUAUUUGUUGCAUUUACCAAGCCAGUCACGGUGAUAGGUUACCCACGUAUUAUCCUGGCUACUGGACCAACAAAGCGCUAUGCGGGUUACACAACUGGAAGCGGCUCGAAAGUGCUGACAUUUGCUUAUCAAGUAUCUGCCGGAGACCACGCGGGAAGCGGCUACUUGAAUUACCAGGACGAUCAAGCAUUUGAUCUGAAUGGUGGCUCGAUCACUCGUUCUCUUAUCGGGUCUUCGAAUUUGUCGGAGGCUUCUGCACUUUUGACGCUGGCGAGUACAACAACUUUAGGUAAAAGCCUAGCAGACAACGCUCAGUUGUCCAUCGAUGGAAUCCCUCCAAGUGUGUCAAGCAUAUUUGUAUCGUCUGCGCCGUCCACGACAGUUUACCGUGGCGACGAAGUAAUAAUUGCCGUAAGCUUUUCGGGGUUGAUCACUGUGGACUUGACAAGAGGUACACCUUUCUUACAGCUGGAAGUUGGAGACUACAACCGCAAAGCUGUAUACAAGUCGGGGAGUGGAAGUCAGUCAUUGCUUUUUUCUUACAUUGUGAAUCUAGGAGAUAUAACACUAAAUGGAGUAAACUACCGGUCGAAGUCGGCCUUACUGCUUAAUGGUGCAACAAUCCGACGGACUUCCAAGUCACCUACACUGGAUGCAAAUUUGAUGCUGCCGGAUCCGCCAUCUUUAAGUCCCCAGAUCAUCGUAAAUCCUUCAUUGUCGUUCGUGACUAGAAUAACGGAAUUAUCAGCGGAUGUUGCCACAGGGACGUAUGGAACAAAGCAGACCAUCAUUGUAUCGCUUAGCUUCUCGGAUGAGGUCGCUCUAUUGGGAGUGACGCACCCAGUCCUGAAACUUAACACGGGCACGAUUGUGCCUUACGUAUCGGGUAGCACUACCCAAACGCUUGUUUUUUUGUAUGUUGUAAAAGAUGGAGAAACCUCGCUGGGAUUAGAUAAAUUUGACGACAACGCGGUGAUUUGCCUUGCUCCAAAUUGCCAAAUUAUUAACCGCAAUUCAAUAGAUGCAGACUUGUCAUUGACUGCAAUCAAUUUAGUGCCAGCAAACAUUGCGAUUGACACAAAAGCUCCGCAAGUUUUAAGCAUCUACGCAUUGACACUUGCUCCUGGCAUUAAUGCCGGCUCGUUCGUGGUAGGUGAUAUAAUUGAAAUUGUAAUUCAGUUUGAUUUGGAAGUGGAUAUCGAGCCUCCACCGAGCGUAUUUCCAGAGAAGGCACCUGUGCUACUUCUGAAUACUGUGGAAAAUGGGAAGCCUGUUUUGUGCAGAGGUUACGCAAAUAAUGACAGACACUUGUUGUUAUUUAAGUAUAUUGUGGAACUAGGCGAUGUGGCUAGCGAUCUGAUGUACAUCGACCAAAAUGCAUUGCUGCUAGGUCAAUCUACGAUUAAACGUUUAGCGACGAGUUCAGUAACAAAUGCGGUGCUGACACUUCCCCUUCCAGCACCCUUGAGGGGAUCACUGAGUGUGAAUGGAGAAAUAGUUCCUUCCGUUUUGGAUGUAUCUUCGUCAAACACGAAUGGCCAAUAUCGGGGUGGAGACCAAAUUGCGCUUACAGUGACUUUCAGCCAGCAUGUCGUUGUGAAAGGAAACCCAGUUUUAUGGUUAGAUACGGGUGUGGUGACACGUACGGCCAUCUACAGCUCUGGCAGUGGGACAACAGUGCUCACCUUUAUCUACACGGUGCAAGAGGGUGACUACUCUGUGGACCUAGAAUAUGUUGAUAAUCACUCUCUCGACUUGUCGGAUCGUAACCCAAUUCCUAGUGCAAUUCUGCAUAUGUCCACAAUCCCUACGACAGAGGCUGAUAUCAAUCUCCCUUAUCCGCGUACUCAAGGCAGCCUAAGUUACAACAAAAACUUUUAUGUUAACGGCCGCCAACCUAGCAUAAUUUCAACGCGUUUUGUGUCGAACGACGGGAUCUACAAAGUGUUUGAUACUGUGGUAAUAGAGGUGACCUUCAGCUCGUGUGUGAUUGUCGAUCAAGGCAUGCAAGGCGCGCAAGGUCCUACGCCAAGACUGAGAUUUCGGCUGAGUCAGACCUCGUCGUACUUAACAUCUAAAGCUUCAACAAUUUCGCGAUAUGGUGUCUACAUCAGCGGCAGUCCCGGCACGGCAUUGCGUUUUGAAUACACAAUACAGACAGGAGAUUUUGCGCUUGAUUUAGACUAUUCGAACACAACAGCUCUGGAGCUUAAUGGUGCUCGUAUUUUAACAUGCACGGCCGAUGCAAAUGUCGCUGCAAGUCAAAGUGUAGACUUACAUUUGAAUCCUCCGAAAGGGCGCUUACUUGGUCGUACAGUAGUGCCAAUUAAUUCGGGCAGAGCGACCUUCACGGAUCUUUUCGUGAAUAGUGUAGGAAAUGGUUAUAGAGUUAGCUUUAGUGUGCUGCACGGGCUAACAUUGCUCGAGACCAGUGCAUUUUUUGAUAUGCUUCCUUCAGCUGUCUAUAUGUUAAGAAGCACCCCGUUUUCGAGUGGAGAUCAACUUGGUACUAGUGUUGAUGUUGACAGCGACACCCUUGUACUUGGUGGACCGGGUGCAAGUCGGCCAGCUGCUGCCGUACAGAUUGUAACUGUCUUGGGUGAUGCAGAGACCUUUGUUGAUGAAAUUCAAGUUUUGCAGACCACAGCAAAGCAAAGGCCUGCGGUUCAAAUAUUGACAAGUACGGCAGCUCCUGGAGAGACUAUUGGCGGCUUUUUCUAUCUUAAACUUGGAUUUGUCGGACCUACGCGGCGGCUUCCAUAUAAUGCUGACCCGACUCAAUUAAGUAUAGCUAUUCAAAUGGAUUUGGGGUUUGAAAUGCAAACAAUUAGCGUAACUCGGGAGCUAAAUACAUACUGCGCUUGUGAUAAUGGAUAUGUGUGGCAUAUUACCUUUCAUGAUGCCGAAGGUCCCCUUGACGCUCUGACUGCGGUCAACAGUCAGCUUACUGGAAGAUCAGUGUCAAUUGGGGACGGAAGGUCUGGAUCAGUAGCAGUAAUUGCGGUGCCCUCCACUAUAUUGGGAGGUGCUUUGACGCUUCAGCUCGGUACUUUGGUCUCGCGAAAUAUAAUGUUUGACGUCAAUGAAGCAGAGUUGACGACCAUUUUGACUCAGGAUUUCAACUUGAAUGUUUGGAGCGUUUCGCGCUCUCUGCCAAAUUUAAUGAAGACCUACACGUGGAAAAUUACUUUUAGGGCGAGCGACACAAUGUAUGAUGUACCUCAGCUAUUAUCACAUGACGUUAUGCUAUCCGGAUAUGGAGCGCGCUCGACUGUGCGUACAGAACGCAACGGCCAGGGUCGUCUGUUUGGGUCCUUUAGGCUUCAGCUCCGCACAAAAUUAUUUCUAAGCGAGGAGACUGAUGACAUUCCUGUUGAUGCAAGUGAGCACGAGGUUAAAAACGCGCUGGAAAAUCUUGUGUCAGUAAAUGAUGUUACUGUUCAUCGUUCUGCCGGUAUGAAUGAUUAUGGUGGCUACUCGUGGUCAAUAACAUUUUUAAAGGUGAGUAGCAAGAACAAAAAUGGGCCCUUGAUUAACGCACCAGGAAAUUUACCAGUACUUGUACCUAACACGACAAAACUGAAGGGUACAAAUGCUCGCGUUGAUGUUCAAGUAGGUAGUCAUGAAACUUCUUUGACAAUGGCUGAUAAGCUUAGCCCAAAAAGCGGAUUGCCAGUUAGGUCGGCAGGUAUGGUCGCAAUCUUUACACGUGGUCAAAAUGACUGGGAACAGCAAGAUGGCACGAUCACAGGGCAUGAUACUCGUGAAGGCGAUUUAUUUGGCUCUAGUGUAAGUUUGCACGGUCUCACGUUGCUUGUUGGCGCACCAACUGCAGCAAUCUACGGAGAUUUUGAAAAACAAUCAUUUUUGUGUGAUGCUGAUGGAGGCUAUUUGCGAAUCGUCUAUCGUAACAAGGCAUCAAAAUCUGUAGCUUAUAAUGCCCCUAUGCAGGAGCUGCAAUCUGCAAUUGCUACAGUGAUGUCGGUUGACUUCGGCGAAAUUCAAAUUGACGCAUAUAACACUUCUCUAUGUGCAGGGGUUGAGAUUGUAAUAGCCUUACGGGGAGGCAAUCAUGGGGAUAGCUCAGGUGAUAUACCCGACCUUGUCGUUGACUCAAGUGCAUUGAGAAAGGGUUUAGGCGCUGGAAAUGCGCAGAUGCAUGAAUACCUAGCUGGUACUUUUCGCAGCGACGGAGCUAGCGCUAAAGGAUCGCAGUGCGGUGCUGCCUAUAUGUUUAGAAGGGACGAGAAUCUAAAACGUUGGGUGGAGCUUGCAAAGAUUGCUCCACCAGCCGAUCAAAUUAGUACUGUGCGCGAUUACGGUAGCGCAGUGGCAUUGUUGGAGCCGUUCGCAGUCGUGGGGGCGCCGGGAUCUUUUGAUGACGAAGGCCGUGUGUUUGUCUAUCAAGUUGAUGGGAUAGAUAAGUGGAUGCUCUUUCAAACUUUGAGCGCAGCGCCUGAACAGGUAUCAAGUGGUGAUCGGUUUGGCGAAGCAGUGGCAAUCUCAGGAAUUUUAUCAAAAACUCUAGUUAUUGGUGCCCCUGGCUACGCUCUUAACAGUGGAGCCGUUUUCGUGUAUGAUCUUGUGGAUGGUUUUUUUCAAAGGCGCCAAAUACUAAUGCAAGUGACUCAAAUGCUGAAACCUGGAGAUCGCUUUGGAAAUGCUGUCGAUCUAGACAUGUCUUCUACGUAUACACUAGCUGUUGGUGCCCAUUGUCAUACUUAUCGUCGAGAUGACGAAGUCGAUGCUGCGGAUAGCGGCGCCGUUCUUGUAUUCGUUCGACGCAGUGAACGUGAUAUAUUUUUUGUGCUGCAGCAAGUACUUUACAGUUCAGAUAUUCGUGCGCGUGAUCGCUUUGGAACAAGCGUCGCGAUAGCGAACGAGACUAUUAUUGUUGGUGCUCACGAGCUUUAUGAAGGUGAUCGCACUAUUAGGAAGGCGGUCCAAGUUAUCUCUAGCAGUGUCUCAGAGACGGAGCUUACAGACAUAAUUCAUGGCGGCUCAUUUACGCUGAGUCUCUUGCGCCUGGAUACCGACGAAUCAUCAAAAAAAGUAAAUUCCACCAAACGAGCAAAUACUCGAGCUAUUGCGCACGACAUUUGCGCAUCAGAUCUUCAGGUCAUCUUGAAAAUGGACUUGAAUCUGAUCAGCGUAAAUGUUCAACGUGAUGGCCCUAGCAUUUCCCGAGGGUACACGUGGUAUGUAACUUUUGCAGGAAGCUCUGGUAAAAUUCCGCUUCUCGAAGCAGACAGCACACAGCUAAUUGGAGGCGAAAUUACGGUGAAGUGGGCCAACCGCUUGGCACCGGUGCUACGUGGAAAUGCUUAUGUUUUUACUCGGGAUGUCAACGGAGUAUGGAUCGAGCAAGCAACAAUAUCUCCGCGGGAUAAACAGACUUUCGCAUGGUUUGGAUCGGCUGUAGCUGUGCACAAGCGAACAGCAGUGUUUGGAUCGCCAAAUUUGGAUUCAUUUAUAUCGGGCACACCUGCUGGAGGAGCUUUCGUCUCGGACCUCGGAAUUUUUUCCUUACACUUCUCGGCUAAAACGUACAGCGUGCUAGAAGGUGACAGUCUGGACAUAACAGUGGAGCGCUGUAGUCGCGUGGGAUUUUGUGCGGUGGACGUGUCUGAUGCCCCACAGCUUUACGUUCAGUACGAUACAGGUGACGCCUUUUCUGAUCGACAAUUUGCUCCAACUCAUGCUGCCGAUAGCUCGUAUAUUAAUUUAUACCAAAAAUUAGCACGACUUGACGCUGCUGGGAAGCAAACGAGUCAAUGGCUUCAUACUGACGUUGUCGGCACAGCGAAUGGUCGAGACCAAUUUUACGGCAGCAGUGAGCGUCGGUCGCUUUGGGUGAACGCACAGUUUGAUUAUGCAGGCACAUCGGACUACUCGUCGAGCUCUGGGACGCUUUUUUUUGAUAGUGUGGACGAUGUUGCACAUUCUUUCGUUGUGCGAACGACAGAUGAUAGCGUGGUAGAGAACCCUGACGAAACUUUGGUGCUGCGUUUAUCGUUGCCUGGCAUACGGCCUAGCGUGACUGGAGACCUCUGGUCAACUGUAACGAUAAUAGAUGACGGAGACGGUGGAAGUGGCGCACGUUCAUAUCUGGCGCAUCUAAACUCAAAGCCGUCUUUGUUUCACGCAACCAACGGAUUUAGCAGUUCUGUCAGCAUUUUUGGUGCCGGUAAUGCAGCUGCUAUUGGCGCACCGCUGGAAAAAAGCGCUACUGGUGUCAAAUGUGGCGCUGUGCAUUUUUUCGUGCGGCGUAGCGGAUUUUGGGAGCAUGAUGCCACUGUUUUCCCGUCAGAUUGUGCUAGAGAUAUGAAGUUCGGGUCUUCUGUUGCAAUUGACGGGAGUCUUGGACCGGUUCGAGCUAUUGUUGGUGCCCCAGGUGCCGAUGCUGCAUACAUUUAUCUGUAUCGCAGCGACGAACUAGCGGUAAUAAGUCGGUGGCUGGAGGAAACGCGACUUGAUGAGCCAACGCAGGUUACUGGUGACAUUAAUCAUAACUAUGCGAGCUCAAAGGCUGUUGCUAUCUUCGGAGAUAUCGCAGUCGUAGGCGCUUCUGGACUGGAAAGAGUUUUCGUUUAUCACCGCGAAGUAAAUGCCAUGUGGAAACUUGUAUCGACUUUGCGUGCCAGUGACAGUCUCCAGCAUCAAAUGCUCGGACGUACUGUCGAACAAUCUUAUGGCUUUGGACACGCCGUAGAAAUGGAUAAGAGAACGAUCAUUGUGGGAGCCCCAUUAUCGGAUGCUGGCGAAUAUAGUGCUCAGCAAAACCACAGCGCAGACUUUGACAAUCCAUACUUUGCUAAAGGAGCUGUUUACAUUUUCUAUAUUGAAGCGCAAGAGCAACAUAUUUCAUUGCGCACAAGUGAUUUACUAACUAGUGGCACCUUUCGGCUGACAGCAACUCGACGUGGCCUGACUGGUGUUACACGGGCUCUUAGGUAUAGCGCCACGGCGUUUGAAGUCAAGACAGCACUUGAAGGUAGAGAGGGUCACGAUGAUGAUGGGUCAACAAUUGAUGAGUUGGGCUUCAAACUUGUCGAGGUUGACCGUACGGGAUCAGUCGAGCAAGGCUUUACUUGGAGAGUAACAUUCAUUGGAGAUGUUGUGAAGAUACCCUUGAUGACAGCUUCGUGGCUGGGAUACGGCUGUCCUACUUGUAAUGCCUUGAGCAGCACAUACAUCGCCGACCCGAGCCAUCAGAUACUGAUCUCCGAAGUUAUUUCAUUUAGUAGUGACUGGAAGCAGCAGGUUCGAUUGACGGCUCCAGAUGGCAAUGCUGGGGAUCACUUUGGCGUCAGUGUUGGUAUUAGCGGCGAACAAGCGAUUGUGGGAGCUGCCCGAUCGAGUGCUUUAACGACCACGACCUGGGACUUCGAAACGGGAGACUUGACGGGGUGGCUCACAACAGGAACAGCGUUUGAUCAGCAGCCGACGUUUGGAGACAAUAGUUACGGACGUACCAAUUUCUACAGGCCAAGUUUGUAUAUCGGUGCAUCACCCACCGGCCAGCGUGCACGCCACGAAGGCCGCUAUUGGGUUGGCACAUUUGAGGGACGUCCUGGAGCAGGAAAAGCAAACACCGCGACACAUGUCGCAGCCCAAAUGUGUGCUUUCGCAAACAACGAGUUGUGUCGUGCACCAAAUUACAAGAUGCCAAGUGCGAGUACGCCUGUGGGUUCAACUCAAGGAGAUGGACCACAAGGAACGCUUACAUCUCUACCUUUUACAAUAGAAGGACAGUGGUUGUCAUUUCGUAUCGGCGGGGGGUGCGACAUUCGUGUUGUUUAUGUGGAACUGCUUAUCGAUGGGCAACCUGCAGCAGUUUCCGAAUCGGUAGCUGCCGAGAAGGUUGCUGUAGAAGUUACAGUGGACGGGUCUUCUAACACGCAAACGGAUACUGUUUGGCCCAUCUCUGCCACCUCAAAGCUUCGAGCUACAGGUCGAUGCCGAGAGACUAUGCACGAUGUUACGUGGGACUUGAGUUUAUUUGUCAACCGGACGGCACAAAUACGAGUGGUGGAUGCAUCAAGCAAUGCCAAUUGGGGUCAUAUUAACUUCGACGACGUGCGCUUCUCGUGGGGAGCAACGCGUGUGGCGCAAACGUCCACAUCAAAAGCUGGUGCAGCGUACACCUUUCGCCGGCGUGCCCCAGGAACUCGCGUUCCUUCGGUCAAGUGUGAUGGCAUGAACCGAUGGAGCUGCGAAUGGGAAUUUCAGGCACGUUUGGCUGCCAGUGAUAAACGAAGUGAAGACCUUUUUGGUUCCAGUGUUGCGGUCGAUGAUAUUUCGGGUGUUGCAGUUGUUGCCGCACCUGGUCAGCGUGGUGUUGACGCCAACAAUACGAUUGAUAGUAUGCUAAGCGAUGACAUAGAUGUAAGCAUCGCAGGAUUUGGAGUGAUGGAGCAGGUGGGAAGUCUGUACGUAUAUCGGCGCUCUGAUGAGGUACGCGACGAUGCUGGUAAUUUGCUACGUUCGCCUGAAUGGUUAUCUAAAGAGGCGGUAAAGAUGCAGUAUCCACAGAAGCAGCGCCAGUCUCAAUUCGGUGCUGCGCUUGACUUGGACGGCAGGGAUCUACUAGUUGGUGCACCAGGAUUCUCCAUCUCUUCAACUUCACCGCAAUCUGGCCGUGCAUUUGCCUACGAUUUGGCCGUCGUGGGUGUCAAGUUCACAGAUUCUUGGUUCUCUUGCAUCGAAAGGAAUGCUGAUGGCUUUGUGGGCUUAAAGCUGUUACGUUCCGCGGCGACUAGUAACUUGACUCGGCCACUCACGGUUGGGUACGCGACUGAGGAUCGCUCCGCUGUUGGGGUGGAUGCAUUGAAGUUUUCCGCCUGCACUAAAUUGCCAUUGAUCAUGCGCAAAGAUUGUGGAGACUACCAGCAGAUUUCAGGAGAGAUAACUUUUGCUGCAGGCGAGACUUCGACAUUGCUGACAGUUCCUAUCAUGGACGACACGUGCUUUGAACAGUGGGAAAAGCACUUUGUUGUGCGAUUGCAUGUUCCUGGUGGGGAACCAUUACUAGGUGAAGACUUUAUUGCUCGAGUGCGAAUUGACGACGACGAUUUUAACAGCGAGCCGUGCGGGCAUUAAACACGAAUCAGCUUUUAGUGAUCGUGUUUUACCUCUGUGAAUGCGCAAAAAUGACUUGAUGUUGACGAAGACAUUCUUAGCCCAUAAAAAAUCAUAAUGAGCUUAAUGCGUCAGCGGCCGAGAUCUCGUCAAAUGUACAGCUUGAUUGCAUGCGUAAGAAGACAAAUCAAUUCGUAUAUCGGUUUUUAUCAAGUUAACUGCUUCUGGAGUCUGCAACCACAAGCAUGCAGGGAACUGGAUCAUGCGUCAGCCAAUGAGUCAAAUAACUGAACAAUCUGCGUCGCUAUAUUUCACUUUAUUUUAAAGGAUGAAUACGUGUGAAACUAACUCAAGCACUAAGAAGAGCAAGUCUACCGCUUUAAAGGCAGUGGAUGGAUAAGAAAUACACAACCACGUCUGAUUGAAUUGCUAUUUGAUGCAUAUUGCCAUCAUCGGGCAGUUCAGGGCAGAAGCAUUGAUGUUUGAUUUGUAUCGUUAAUUGUCAUCACAACAGCUGGUAAGCUUUGAAAUAUUUCAAAGCAGACUAAAUUUACUCCUUAUUUUUGCAGCGAAUACAAUAAACCCAUCUAUGAAUAUUUCAAGUACGCUAAUUAAAGUGGACACGCCUUAUGCUUGCUAGAAAAACAUCUGGAAUAUUCCCAUUAUGCUUAGCUCGAGGAUAGAAUUAUAGAGCUCAUUAAGUCCGGCUGACGAACAAAGCUCCUAUUCAGCGGCGAUCUAUUCGGGCGUUGCGGUACAUUACUUCGGGUCAGAAACUACAGCUUUUUUCGAAAAAUGACUGAAACGUUCAAACGUGAAAGUGCCCGUCUGGACUGAUAGAAGUUUUGAGGCCGUUUCGCAACAUGAUGGAUCUUUAAAAGAAUUU